UAAAUUUAUCUCUCUUCUCUCCAAAUACUCAGCCUCUGAUCUUGCCCUGGAUCUUGGAAAAGAUCAAAGAGAGAUAUGGGUUUGGUUGAAAUGUUGAUGGGCGUAAGGUGGUUCAAUACGACACUGCCUCCCGCCGUAUCAACCUUCUUCACAAUUCUUGCAGUAGCUGCAGGGAUAUUGGUGUACUUGUACGGACCCUACUGGGGAGUCAGGAGAGUUCCCGGCCCACCCAUUAUCCCCCUGGUCGGACAUCUUCCAUUGAUGGCAAAAUAUGGCCCUGAUGUUUUCUCAGUUCUUGCCAAAAGACAUGGUCCUAUUUUCAGGUUUCACAUGGGAAGACAGCCACUCAUAAUUGUAGCAGAUCCAGAGUUAUGUAGAGAAGUGGGUAUUAAAAAAUUUAAAGAUAUUCCAAACAGGAGCAUCCCUUCACCUAUCUCAGCUUCUCCUCUUCAUCAAAAAGGUCUCUUCUUCACAAGAGAUGCAAGGUGGUCGACUAUGCGAAACACCAUAGUUUCAGUUUACCAACCAUCGCACCUCGCUAGCCUAGUUCCCACCAUGCAAGAAUUCAUCGAGUCUGCAACUCAAAAUCUUGAGUCUCAACAAGAUGUCAACUUUUCUAACAUGUCUCUAAAACUGGCAACAGAUGUGAUAGGCCGAGCAGCCUUCGGGGUUAACUUUGGGCUCUCAAAACCCCAAUCAAUCGAUGAAUCAAUCAACAAAAAGACUAACCAAGAUGACAAUGUGGAUGAUCAUGAAGUAUCAAGCUUUAUAAAUCAACAUAUCUACUCCACAACCCAGUUAAAGAUGGACUUGUCAGGAUCUUUCUCCAUCAUUCUUGGCCUACUAAUUCCCAUAUUGCAAGAGCCUUUUAGGCAAAUUCUUAAGAGAAUACCAGGCGCUAUGGACCGGAAAGUUGACCAAACUAAUAGAAAGAUAAGUAGGAAGCUAGAUGAGAUUGUGACAAAGAGAAUGAAGGAUAUUGAUAAAAGGUCAAAUGUUGACUUUUUAUCUCUCAUAUUGAGAGCCAGGGAGUCCGGGACAGCGGCAAAGAAUGUUUUUAGUCCAGACUAUAUCAGCGCUGUUACUUAUGAACACCUUUUGGCUGGCUCAGCAACGACGUCGUUCACCCUCUCGUCAGUUCUCUACUUAGUUGCUGGACAUCCUGAAGUUGAGAAGAAGUUGCUUGCUGAAAUUGAUAGCUUUGGCCCCCAUAAAAAGUUGCCAACUUUUCACCAUCUUCAAUACAACUUUCCCUAUCUUGACCAGGUAAUCAAAGAGUCCAUGAGGUUUUACUUGGUGUCUCCACUAAUUGCAAGAGAAACAUCAAAAGAUGUGGAAAUUGGAGGUUACUUUCUCCCCAAGGGAACAUGGGUGUGGUUAGCGCCUGGAGUCCUAGCAAAGGAUCCCAAGAACUUCCCAGAGCCAGACAAGUUCAAGCCGGAGAGAUUUGAUCCAAAUUGCGAAGAAGAGAAACAAAGACAUCCUUAUGCAUUUAUCCCUUUCGGCAUUGGCCCUCGAGCAUGCAUUGGUCAAAAAUUCAGCAUACAAGAAAUAAAACUCUUGCUCAUACAUUUGUAUAGAAAUUAUGUCUUUCGACAUUCACCUAACAUGGAAAACCCUAUAGAACUCGAAUAUGGAAUAGUUCUCAAUUUCAAGUAUGGUGUCAAGCUUAGGGUCAUAAAACGUACAUGA